AUGGUUUUUACUGUAAACGGGCCAGUUCUUAUCAAGUUCCAAGCCAUUGAUGGAUUUCUGAAAACCGAUGAAAGACAAAGACUGGCAAAGGAGAGAAGAGAAGAAAGGGAGAAAUACCUCGCUGCUAGGGAACAGCAGAUACUGGAGAAGGAGAGAAGAGCGAAACUUCAGUAUGAAAAGCAAAUGGAAGAGCGAUGGAAAAGACUGGAGGAACAGAGGCAGAGGGAGGAGCAGAAGAGAGCAGCUGUUGAAGAGAAAAGGAGACAAAAGCUUAAAGAGGAGGAGGAACGUUUAGAAGCCAUGAUGCGUCGGUCCCUUGAACGCAGCCAGCAGCUGGAACAGAAGCAGAAGCGAUGGUCGUGGGGAGGAGCGCUGGCUGCAGGCUCAGGAGGGAGAGAUGGUGAUUCAGAAAAUACCCCACCCCCUGUUCUAGGUUUAGCUGCCAACACCCUUCCUCCAGACCCUGUGACCUCUACUGCUCCUGCUGAUUCCCUCAAUGCAUGUGACAAACUUUCAGCUUCUACAAUGAAUCUGCCAAAGCAAAUGGAAUCGCCAAUCAGUAAGCGCCUCUCCUCCUCCACAGCGGCCAUAACACAUUCCCCCGACAGAGCACCAGCUAGUCCUCUUAAAUCUCCCUACAAGCCUUCCCCCACCCGAAGCACCGAGAGAAAGAAGGCAACUUCACCCUCCACUUCCAAUGCCAUGAAAGGGGCGGCUGCAGCUGAAGUUACUCAGACUGAGAAGAUAAAGAAAGAGAAGCGACCUGCAACACCUGGUUCAUCAUCUGGCAUGGGAUCUCCUCUAAGAAGGUCCGAUUCUCCUGCUGCCAUGUCCAGAAGAUCUGCAUCACCUGCGACACCUAAGACAGUUGCAAAGACUUAUCCUCAGUCUCCUAAAAACGCCAAACAAUAUCCAGCUUCUCCUGUGAAGCAUCGUGCCACUUCUAAUCUCAACCAGGAAACUCCUAAAAAGAAAGCAGACAAGGAGAAGGAAAAUGUCAGUCAUCCAAAAUCUCCAGGAGCACACACUGAUGAGGCAGGCCAGGUGGCUUCAGAGAAACACAUGCCUUCUGCAGGAAAGACUGAAAAUGUUGAAGGGAAGAUCACGGCAGGAACAACUGAUGCAGAAGAAGCAGCAAAAAUUCUAGCUGAAAAAAGGCGACAGGCGCGCCUGCAAAAGGAACAAGAAGAAAGAGAGAGACAGGAGAGAGAAGAACGGGAGAGGCUUGAAAGAGAAGAACAGAAAAGAAAGGCAGAAGAAGAAAGACUUCGUCUAGAGGAAGAAGCUCGUAAGAAGGAAGAAGAAAGAAAACGUGAGGAAGAAGCAGCUAGGAAAAAGGCAGAAGAGGAAGCCAGGAGAAGAGCUGAGGAAGAACAAAUGCUAAAGGAAAGGAAAGAAAAAGAGCUCCAGGCCAAAUAUGAGAAACAGAAGGAAGAAGCAGAAAACAAAGCCCGUGAGGCAGCUGAGCAGCUUCGUCUUGAAAGGGAGCAAAUCAUGCAGCAAAUUGAGCAAGAAAGACUGGAGCGGAAGAAGAGAAUAGAUGAAAUAAUGAAGAGAACAAGGAGGAGUGAAACACCAGAAAUAAAGAAGGAAGAGCCAAAACUGGAAGUACCAUCAACUUUGAACGUGGAAAGGCAACCAAAGGCCCUUGUCCUCAACCAGCCAGAGAUCAAUGGAUUGGCAACCUGCCUGAAAAACAAAAGUUUAGAAAAUGCUGCUCCUGUAAUCCCUUCCCAAGAUGUAGUUGCUAAUGGACUGAAGUCAGCCCCAGGACUUAUUCAGCUGGAAGCUGUUGUUGGAAAGUCUAACAGCAUGGAAGAUUCGAUGGAUGAGGUUCAGUCCAUGGAUGUGAGCCCAGUUUCAAAAGAAGAACUAAUCUCUAUCCCUGAAUAUUCACCCAUGAAUGAACUCAUGCCUGGUGUUUCUUUGGAUGAGAAUGGGACAAGUAAUGCCAAGGCUCUUGAAGAUCUCUUGGAUUUCACAGGCCAAGCUACAUACUCCAAGAUGUCCAGUGAUACCAUUAGCCUAGAUGACUGUAACAAAAACUUGAUUGAGGGAUUUAACAGUCCAGGACAGGAAAAUACACUUAAUUCUAUCUGUUGA